AGCGAGAGAAGGCGCCCGGCCCGCGCUUGGCCGCUCUCGGCGGGGAAUCACCGGCGACAGCCGCCACACCGACCCCGGCCGCCGCCGCCGCCGCCGCCGCGCCAUGGCGAUCGCAAGGCAAGUGCUUUGUCUGUCUGCUUUCCUGUGGCUGCCGCCCGCUCGCGCCGAGCCCAUCCGCUACUCCGUAGCCGAGGAGGCGGAAAGCGGCUCCCUGGUGGGCGAGCUGGCGGAGGACGCGGGGCUGACGCCGGCGCAGCUCUCGGCUCGCCGCGCCCGCCUGGUGUCGGAGGACGGCCGGCAGCAUUUUGCCUUAGAGCGCGGCUCCGGCCGCCUGCUCGUGGCGGGGAGGCUGGACCGGGAGGAGCUGUGCGGCCAGUCCGCCACCUGCAUGCUCCCCUUCGAGCUGCUGCUCUCCAACCCCCUGCAGUUCUUUCGGGUCGAGGUGGCUCUGGAGGAUAUCAAUGACCAUUCACCUGUUUUCCGAGAAGAUCGAUUAAGAAUUAGGAUCCCUGAAACGAGCAACCCUGGUUCACGUUUCCCGUUGGAGGUGGCUCAGGAUCUCGAUAUUGGCAGCAACACAGUCCAGGCAUACAGCAUCUCUCCCGAGAAUAAUUAUUUCAGCGUCUCCUAUGGAAGUCAAAGUGAGGAUGACAAAUAUGUUGAACUUGUUUUGGAAAAGCCACUAGACAGAGAGGAGCAGGAAGAGAUGAGUUUUAGUGUCAUUGCUGUAGAUGGGGGCUCUCCUCCUAGAAGUGGCACCAUCGAGAUCUCUAUUAUUAUUCUGGAUGCAAAUGACAAUGCUCCGACAUUCAUGCAAGAGCGUUACAUUGUGAAGGUUUUGGAGAACAUGCCAGAAGGGUCUGUAGUGCUGACUGUGCUGGCAACAGAUCAGGAUGCAGGUGUCUAUGGGGAAAUUUCCUACCAACUAAGUGAAGCUGCGGACCAGAGUGUCUCAAUAUUUGUGAUUGAUCCCAUAACGGGUGAAAUUAAAAUCACAAAACCUCUGGACUUUGAGGCAGUACAAAGUCACGAACUGAGUGUAACAGCCACAGAUGGUGGGGGACUCUCAGCCAUCUGCAAAGUGCUGGUGGAGGUGGUGGAUGUGAAUGACAAUGCCCCAGAGGUGGUGGUCAGCUCCUUCAGCAGUCCCCUCCCCGAGGACACAGCGCCCGGCACGGUGGUUGCCCUGUUUACGGUCAGGGACCGGGAUUCUGGGGCCAACGGGAAGAUCUCGUGUGGCCUCGAGGAUCAGCGCUUCUUCUCGCUGCGGCCAGCCUAUAAGAAUUACUAUGAGCUGGUGACAGUGAGCGCGCUGGACCGCGAGGAGACGGCUCGCUACAUCCUCAGGGUGACGGCGGCAGACGCGGGGUCGCCUCCUCUGACGAGCACGCAGACCUUCACCGUGGACAUCUCGGAUGUCAAUGACAACGCCCCCGUCUUCAACCAGACGUCGUACACCAUGUACGUGCGUGAGAACAAUGUGCCCACGGUGUUUGUUGGAGCCGUCAGCGCUGCCGACGCUGACGUGGGGCUCAAUGGCAAGGUGAGCUAUUCGCUGGCAGCGGUGCAGGCGGCAGAGGGGCCUUGGUGCUCGUGCGUGUCUGUGAACUCUGAGAACGGGCACGUGUUUGUGCUGCGGCCCCUGGACUACGAGCGCUUGAGGCAGACGGAGGUGACGGUCAGUGCCUCUGACGCGGGCUCUCCUCCCCUCAGAGCCAACGUCAGCGUCCGCCUCGUGGUGCUGGACGAGAACGACAACGCCCCGCUCGUGCUGUACCCAGGCCAGGACAGCAGCCCAGCGUCCAGUGAGCUGGUGCCCGUGUCGGCCGAGGCGGGCUACCUCAUCACCAAAGUGGUGGCCGUGGAUGCCGACUCCGGGCAGAACUCGUGGCUCUCGUACCACCUGCUGAGGGCCAGCGAGCCAGGGCUGUUCACGGUGGGUGUCCACAGCGGGGAGGUGCGUCUGAGGAGGCCGGUGACGGAGAGAGACAGCGUGAGGCAGAAGCUCCUUGUCCUGGUCAGAGACAACGGCAAGCCGCCCCUGUCGGCCACGGCAGCUGUGAGCGCGCUCCUGCUCAAGGACUUGUCAGACGUGCGCCUCCCCGGGCACAGCAGCCCGGCGCCAGAGGAUCAGGCUGGCUCCCUCACCACCUAUUUAAUCAUUGCCCUGGUGUGUGUCUCCCUGCUCUUCCUGGUCUCCACCGCACUCUUUGUGGCUCGCAAGGUGUGCAAGAGAAAGGAGCUGAAGGCUGGCCAUGUGCUUUAUGGUGCCGACAACUUGCAGAGCGGCCUGGCCGAUGGGGCCGCUGCAGGGAGCCUGCCCCGCGCCUAUUGCUACGAGAUCAGCCUCACAACGGGCUCGGGCAACAGCGAGUUCAAAUUCCUCAAGCCCAUCCUGCCCAGCGUGCCACCACAGCACUGCGCCGUGGGCCAGGGCCCGGAGGAUGAACAGCAUUUCCCCUGUGUCCCUGUCAAGGCGGCGGCGGGAGGGCCGUCGUCUCCGUUCGAGGUGGUGCCGCGCUCGGCCGAGGCCGGCUACCUGGUGGCCAAGGUGGUGGCGGUGGACGCGGACGCGGGGCGCAACGCGUGGCUGUCGUACGAGCUGGUGCAGGCGUCGGAGCCGGCGCUGUUCCGCGUGGGGCUGCACAGCGGCGAGGUGCGCACGGCGCGCGCCGUGUCCGAGCGGGACGCGGCCAAGCAGCGUGUGGUGGCCGUGGUGAAGGACCACGGGCAGCCGGCGCUGUCGGCCACGGCCACGCUGCACGUGGUGCUGGCCGAGAGCUUGCAGGAGGCGCUGCCGGAGCUCACAGACAGAGAUGCUGUGUCCGAGCUGACUUCUGAUCUGAACCUCAUUCUUGUUGUGUCGCUCUCCGUCGUGUCCUUAUUAUUUGUUUCCACGGCACCAUACAACUACUGCAGCAGCACGCUGCCCUUGCCCUAUUCCUACGAGGUAUGUUUAGCCUCCGAGUCGGGGCAGAAGGACUUCACGUUCCUGAGGCCAGGAGCGGCAGCCUUGUCUGCCCGUCUCCUGUCCGCUGAUCCCGGCUCAGGCACUCCUUCUGGGAAGGACCCUCCUAGCCCCGGGAGCUCGGCACAGUCUGUAGGGCUGGAGUUGAUGGUUCAGUGUAACUCCAAGUCUGGCAUCGAGCAGAAGGAGCUUUUUGUUCCCUGCUGCCACCGGCUUCUGUGGAACCUCAGUGGAGUCGAGAAAAAUGCCCAAGAGCGCGGUUCAGGCUGGGAUUUGGCUUGA